AUGUUAUACUUAUCUCGCCUUGCCGACAGGGAGUCGCAAAUAUAUGCCAAACUAAAGGAUAUUUCAUCGUCGCCCGUCACGACAAACCAGACAACUCCACUGUUGGAAGAGUACUUAUCAGAUUAUGAACAAAGCACUGGAAUUCGUAAAAAAUGGAAAGUGGAAGAACAUCCACUCCUUGUCUACAGAAUGAUCUGGCGAUUUGUCCAUCAUGUUCCCAAACUGCGGAAACAAUUUUCCGAAUACUUUCCUCUUCCUCAAGUCGGACUGGAGGAUCCAGCAUCAAAUUUAUUACCAUUAUCUUACGCCCUCCAAUCCAUAAUCUCAAUUCAAAAUGAUUUUCGCCUCCCACCUUCCGACCUAAUGGUUGGAAAAUUUCGUCAUAUUGAGACUGGGAUAGGACUCACAGUAGCCCAGGUAACCCAGCUAGUUAACAUUUCCUCCCAGUUGGACUACUUUGUCGAAGCCUGGGACUGGCUUGAUUUGCUAGAUUCGCUGCCAUCCAAGGAUGAAAAAGGUAUUGAAAAGCUACGACACGAGCUCGUCAACAGGCAUGAUUUGCUUCACAACGCGAAGUGUACACAGGACGAUCCGCACAUCUUUCAAAAUCCGCUCCGGAAAGGAAUUUCACCUUGGAGGAAGGAUGUCGAAAUGGAAGCCUGGCUUACCACCGGCCAAGGGAGUGGCGUCCUGAAAGAGUAUUUCUACCAGACUUACGCCCUUUGUAGUAACCGCGCGCGAUCAAAGAAUUCAAAGCGACCUCUAACUUGCUGGUUGGACACUAAGAAACACCCCUAUUUCAUUUUGGUACCCUUGAAAACAGAGCUACUGCAUCAAGAUCCAGACUAUUUUUACUUCCACGAUGUCGCACGGGAUGAGGUUUUGGACUCCAUUUGGAACGCGGCGUUGCCCGGAAUACAAAAAGAUGCCACACUCCCACGGGAAAAAGCCAGAAUCAGAUCAAUGAAUCUCGAUUGGAUAAAUGAGGCCAGCAUGGAGCAGUAUAACAAACUUUACUCGAAAUUUGAGUUUAUCACGGGACUGAAUAUGAAAGACGAUGCUGCUGACGUUUUGCGGGUUUCGCAAUAUUUGACGCUUGGAGACGCAGGAGUACACCAUGAUGCGUACAAAAUUUCUGUCGCAAACGAAAACAAGAAGCGUAUCUUUGGCGAUCGAUUAGCAACUAUUAUCUUAUAUAUGAACGACGUUAUUCUGGGUGGUGAGACCGUCUUUCCCGUACUCGAUUUAGUAGUUAAACCUGUGAAAGGGUCUCUCCUUUUCUGGUACAAUUAUGGCAGAGAAGGAAAUACAGAUUGGAAGUCAUGGCACGGUGUAUGUCCCCCCAUUUUGGGGAGAAAACGGAUUGCUACAACCUUUAUUGGUAAAUUGGACAAUAUGUUUCAGUACAAAUGCGUUUAAUAAAGUGCAUGGUCGUGCC